AUGGCCUUUCAGCUCUUUGAUUCUCAGCUCGGUGAGUACAGCCUGCCUUCUGUGCUACUUGAAAGACUGACCCAUCCGGAAGCAGAACCUUCGUAUCACCGGCCUGCGAAAACCGCACGAGAGACACAUACUCUACCGAACUCUCAAAGCUCUUCUUUCAAUGACUCGUCGGCGAGUCAGCAUUCCAACACCAAUUUUCACUCAGCAUCGAACCAAAAUCCAGCUAGCAAUUACUCUACCUUGAUUGAAGCUGCUACACCCGCAACAUCAGUCUCGAACGCCUCCACUCAAGACUACAAUUUGGAGUACGACGAGUCUCCAUACGCUACAAGUCAGCCGAAAAACACCAUGACAACCAUUCCGACACCGCAAACAGUUCAACAAGUACAUGCAGCAGUUCACCCAGGGCAGUCCAGUCAAAUGCAUACUAGUGCACCCAAGCGCAUGGCCAAUGGUGACAUCAAGUAUUCGCCUGGCAGCGUGUCGACGAGCCCGACCCAGGUCGGUCAUAGCGCGCAUUCUCGAAGUAGUAGUACGCAUUCUAGAAAUGAAGAAAUCAAUGAGAAUUUCCGAGCUCGAAGAAAUGGCACCACACAAGACAAUCGCUGUAUCGGCUCAACGUGGAAUGUCGAAAGCGUCAGUCAGCUCACCACACAAUCACCCACAGUCUUCCCGAUCGCCAUCUCUUACUGCACGAACAACAAAUCACACAAAACCUCAGAAACUCCCGAUGUCGGCAUCUUCAAACCAAAGGAACCCCAAAACGACUGGAAUGAGUCCGCCAAAUGCUACUACAUCCCUGCAACAGCCCGUCACAUACGAGUCUUUCUGGCGCGAACACGGGCAGACCAGUAG